UUUCUAAACAAAAAAUCUCUGCUGCGUCCAAGCUGCCCUUCCGCCGCUGAAAACGACCCCUCUUUAUUUGAACUCAAAGCCAUCUUGCAGCUCGAUCUUUGAAGCGGGUCAAUCGGCCCCAUUCCUUGCCAAGCGUCCCCAUGGAAGUCAGCAGAGGUCCGCGACGACUGGAAAGGCUAGGGGGACCCACCUGGCUGAGUUCGGACCGAAGAUCAGGCGAGGAGGUCCCGUUUCCCACCGGUCGCUACUUUGGCCAGGAGAUUAGCCAGUCCUCCUGCUCGGAGGUCUGCGUUGCCGCCAAAGCCGAGGAGGAAGAAGAGGAGGAGGAGGAGUUGGUGACUCGCCGGUAAACCAACGGACUUGGCGGCGCCGCGGCUUUCUGGGACACUUGCCGCGCCACAGCGCUCCAGUUCGCCAGAAAUUCGGGCUAGGUGCUGUUUUGCGAGCGGCGGAAGAGCGAAGCCCAGUUUAUGUAGCUUCUCCUCUUUGCUGGAUCGUCGCUUCUCUGCCUCGCUCGCUUGUUCUGUAAGUCACCCCCCCCCCCAAAAAAAAACAAACAAACUCCCGCUUGGCGAUGCACAGGAGCGGCAGGCCCACCCGGGCAGUGCCCGGCCCCGUGCGCUCUUUUGGCUUCCCUGGAGACGCGCGCCUUGCGCUUGCCGAGCCUUCCUCCCUCUACCCCGCCGCAAAGCUAGACAAUAGAAGAAGAGGACCGUGGAGGAGGAAUCAUCCCGGCAGCUACUCUGGCUCGCUUGUCCUCUGAUCCCCGCUGGGAAAGCCGGGCCGACUCCCAAGAGAAGCGGGCCCUGGGAGGAGACGGGUGAGAGACUCACAGCUCCGGAGCUGCUCGUGGCGGUGUAAAUCCAUCAUCCGCAGAGACAGUUUGUGAGCUCCCGAAGGGAGCUGGCCGGGUGCAUUCCUGAGUCAAUGCGCAGGCGCGGACAGGUAGCGCCCUGCACUUUAUGACCAGGUGAGCAGUUCCUCUGGCAGGUAAAAGAAGUCUUUGCCUAAAGAGAUCGCAGAAGAGGCAAGCGGGCGGAUCACUCAUUCCAUGACCAGCGGGGACCUGGUGAUAGGCAGCCCGGAGCCAAUAUGUCACUCCUUGCAAAAAUGGGGGACUGGCAGGACCGCCACGAUGCUACCAGCAAUGGGACAGCCCGGCUACCCCAGCUGGGGACGGUGGGCCAGUCCCCCUACACCAGCGCACCUCCGCUCUCGCAUACACCGAACGCCGACUUCCAGCCCCCCUAUUUCCCACCUCCAUACCAGCCCAUUUACCCCCAGUCUCAAGACCCGUAUUCCCACGUUAACGAUCCGUAUAGCUUGAACCCUCUUCACGCCCAGCCUCAGCCCCAGCACCCGGGCUGGCCGGGACAGAGGCAAAACCAGGACACGGGGCUUUUGCAUACGCACCGCGGACUUCCCCACCAGCUCUCCGGCUUGGAUCCCCGAAGGGAUUACCGGCGGCAUGAAGAUCUCUUGCACGGACCUCACGGCUUGGGCUCAGGAUUAGGAGAUAUUCCCAUUCACUCGAUACCUCACUCGCUGGAGGACGUGCCGCACGUAGAGGACCCCGGUAUUAACAUCCCAGAUCAAACUGUAAUUAAGAAAGGCCCCGUGUCCCUCUCCAAGUCUAACGCCAACGCCGUCUCCUCCAUCCCCAUCAACAAGGACGCGCUCUUCGGCGGCGUGGUGAAUCCCAACGAAGUCUUCUGUUCGGUGCCCGGCCGCCUGUCUCUGCUCAGCUCCACCUCCAAAUAUAAAGUCACCGUGGCGGAAGUGCAGAGGCGCCUGUCCCCGCCGGAGUGCCUCAACGCGUCUCUGCUGGGCGGAGUGCUACGGAGGGCAAAAUCAAAAAAUGGAGGGAGAUCUUUGAGAGAAAAACUGGACAAAAUAGGAUUAAAUUUGCCAGCCGGGAGACGUAAAGCUGCUAAUGUUACCCUGCUGACAUCACUAGUGGAGGGAGAAGCCGUGCAUCUCGCGAGAGAUUUUGGUUACGUCUGUGAAACAGAAUUUCCUGCCAAAGCAGUAGCUGAAUUUCUCAACCGGCAACAUUCCGAUCCAAACGAGCAAGUCACAAGAAAAAACAUGCUUCUAGCGACGAAACAGAUCUGUAAGGAGUUCACCGACCUGCUGGCUCAGGAUCGAUCUCCACUGGGGAACUCUCGACCCACCCCCAUUCUGGAGCCGGGCAUCCAGAGCUGCCUGACCCACUUCAACCUCAUCUCUCACGGCUUUGGCAGCCCUGCUGUGUGCGCAGCAGUCACUGCCCUGCAGAACUAUCUCACUGAGGCGCUCAAGGCCAUGGACAAAAUGUACCUCAGCAACAAUCCUAAUAGUCACACAGAUAACAGCACCAAAAGCAGCGACAAAGAAGAGAAGCACAGAAAAUGAGGAUUUUCUUCUUGCAGCCCCAACCCCGACCAGCCAGCCUGGCCCUCCCUCCCUUCCUCCUCACCCUGAGGCUACAGCAAGAGAAGCUCAGAAAUUUGUCCCAGCCUAUUCACUCAGGAGGACCAGGAAAUUCACAUCUCUCUCUCCCCCCCUCCCACCAUUUUCCUUUUUCUUCUCUCCUUCCUACCUCCGCCACUUCCCAGUUCAUUUCCAGUUGCUAUCCAGUUUGGAGCCUGAGAAAACAAAGGUGGCGAUUGGGCCAUCCUAAGAGGAAAAGGAAAAAAAAUUUUUUUGUCGUCUGUGUGAACUUUUAUUAUUUUUAACAAAAAUAAUAAACAGUGAUAAAAAUAAAACAACUUUUUUUCUAAAAAAAAGAGAAAGAACUAAGUUUAAAGGUUAAUAAUUAAUGAAAUGUGGAAAAAAAAUCAAACAAGCUUCAUCGGACUGGAUCACCACCUUCUCUUAUACAAACUUCCGUUUAAGAUUGUAGCCAUAUUUAAACAAAACAGGAAAGAAAGGAUGAUAAUGAUGAUGAUGAUGAUGAUGAUGACAUUUUAUCAGUAUUGUGAAUAAACUUGAACACAAACCACAUGCAGUUCCAUGUCAUGUCUUCAGUUUUAGAACCUCUCUCCUGCCAAGGUAAAGCGACUAAUUUGAACUUUCUUAUGGUGACACCGAUUCAUAGUGCUUCUAUAAGGGAAUCAGUGUUCAUGUAUGUAUAUAUUUAUUUAUGUGUAAUUUAAUGGGAACUGUAAAUAUGGUGAGUCUGUUUGAAGCUUUUUUUAUUAUUUAUCUGGUGAUCUCGUUUACCUCUUGUUUAGUGGGUUUUUAAGUCUUUCCCAUCUUAGUUCCAUCACUGUGGUUCAUAGUUACUUAUUUAGAAAAUGGGAGGGGAGUUUUUUAGGGGGAGGUGGGAUGGUAUUUUCUGGGAUACAUCACUUCAGCCCUGUUGUAGCAUGUUAUAAAAAGGCAACAAUAAAGCAGCUAAGCGAUUGAAGCAACUUGGAUUUUUACAAAUAUAUUAUUAUUAUGAUACCUAGUUUCCACAUUGAUAAAGGAAAAUAAAUCAGCCGUCCAACCCAGACCGACCACCAUUUCCACUGAAAUAAUUUAGGUUCCCCUUCCAAAAACAUUUUUUCCACAUGUUGAUAAUUUUUAACAACUCUUUGUAUACUGUGGCUUUAAAAAAAGUUUAUAUCCAGGGUCUUUCUAUUGAAAGCAUAAUCAGAGCAAUAAGUUGAUAUUGUCUAUUCAGAUAAAGAACUGGGGAUCUUCGCUUCCCUCUCCCCUUUUUCAUUUUGAGUUGCCUUUUGGUUCAAAGAACUUCCAUACAUUGGGGACCACCUGGUAUCCUCUAUUUCCACCGGCCAUAUUGGAAGCAGUUACAGUUGUAUUGUAUUGAGUUGUGCUGGCAGUAGUUUCCAUGCCUGUCAAUGUAUCAUAGUCCUUUGUUGCCCAGAUAAAUAAAUAUUUGAUACGCUUUAUGUCGAUUUUUUUUUAUUCAGUGGCUGUCUUUACCCAGGCGUAUUUUUGUUCUUGGCAGUAUUUUUUAUUCAGUAUGGUUACAGUAAUUGAGUUUAACUCUCCCUUGACAAUUGCUCUUUGCAAUAAGCAGCUGAACCCAUUGUUUCCCUCAAGUAUAAUAAAAACUUACUUUCAAGUUGGAGUUCAGAGCAGGGUAUCAUUUAGAUAUUCCACUGAGUCUGUAUUCAGACAAAUUACACAAUAAAACAAAAUGUAUUCUUUUGGAUUAAAAAAAAUAUUGUACUGUUGAAGAAAUGGCAUUUUUAGUUUCCUUUAACUGAAAGGUGAUUUUAUUUUUUAAAAAUAAAGUUUUAUUUUAUUUAUUUGAUCUUUAGGUUUUGUUCUUGCUUCCUAAUUAUAUAUCAGGGUUAGCCAUUUUAAAUGUUUGACAUAAUAUGAAUUGCUUUUUAAUUUUCAAUACCAUUUAAAGGAUGGGAAGAGAGUUAUAUCUGACUGGGAAUUAUGGAUAACUAAGUAUAUUCACAUACAAAUGUUCAUACAGAACACUUUUUUAAAAAAAAAUUAUGUCCAUGUAAAUGCAUUGGAUAAGUUCUCAUACUAGGGAAAAUAAGUAAUCAUACUCAUCUUGAUUGUCUGACAUAUUACUUCAGAUUUAUUUUAGGUUUGAUUUUAUGAAUGUGUGCAGGUCACAUUACUGUAAAUAUUUAAUCAUGAUAAUAGUUUUUCCAAUAUUGGGAUGAGGAAGUUCUUAUUUUGAAAUGAUGCAUGUUUGAAUUAUAAGCAAUACAACUUAAAUUUUAGAUAAGUGUGAAAUAUGAGGAUAUUCAUUUGGAAGAGAUGCUAGCAUGCUUUUUACAUUAGAAAUUGACUCAAAGUACAAUCUUAUGAAAAUUGCAGUUACACUCAUUAUUUCAUUUUCUUUGGGUUCAUAUGGUACAAAGUUGGCUUUAUGCAGAUAUGGUUUGAUAGAAAUAGAAGCAGGGUGUAAAAUACUGAUGUUAAAGUGUUAUUUUUGUGGAAAUACAUACUUAAAAUGCUGGUUUGGAGUAUUGAAACUGAAGUGUUUGAGCAAACAUUGUGAAACUUAUUUUCAGCAUGAUGAUUGCUACCAAUCUAGAUCAAUUUUGUCUAAUCCUGUGAUAAAUAUUGCAAAAAGUUAAAAGUGUGAUGGCAUACCUGAGAAGAGAGUGCAGGGACUUCUGCUUCAACGCCAAAAGCAGAACUAAAAAAGUCUUAACUAGAUGGUACCUUUUCUCAGAAAAGAGAAAUUAGAUCUGGUAUUUCUAUUUGAUUGUUGAUAGAGGAAAUCAAUCCAGUAGAUAAUGAAGUUCUGUUUCUUCCUGACUGAUGCUUUACUUAAGGAAGACAACCAAAAACCAAGAUAGUUGGUUUGCUGCUUUUAAAAUGCAGUUUAACUGUGAAAUAUUCCUCCUCUGAUGGCCUAUGAAUAUGCUGUUAUCUCUGUGAGAUAGACUUUGAAAGUGAAUCUUCUGCAUAUCUUUUUGAAAAUGCUUAUUCAUCCCCUUGCCCCAAAUACAUUGGUUAACUGUAAAGUGGAUGUAACAAAAUAAUAAAGUGAAUGAACCCUAA